AUGGAACAAUUUGAACAAUAAAAUGAAAAUGAAAACUAAGAAGAAGUUAGUGGAACAGUCAAAAAGAGAAUAAAGAAAGUUUAAGCAAAGAAAAAAGUAUCAAAUGAAGAGCCUCCUGAAGAUUGCAGUAUCUGCUAUCAAGAAAUAAUUGAUAAAGGUAUUAUUCAGACAUGUAAGCACUCCUAUUGUUUCAAAUGCAUAGAGGUAUGGGCUAAAUAAAAGUAAACUUGUCCUUAGUGUAGAAUGAACUUUAAUUAGAUUAAAAGAGUGCGAAAAUAUGGAAGGGGAAGAAGAUAAAAAAUGUAUAGUUAUCGAUCAGAUGAUUACAAGAUUUAUCAUCUAAUUUCUCCUAAUUCUAUAUUUCAUUAAUUCAUAAACUAGUUGCUUAACAUGCCCGAAGAAUAUUGA